CCAGCCGAGCCGGGGGGGCAGCAGCGACCGCGUCCCGGGCGCGGCACCGCCCGCCCAUCCACCCACCCACCCAUCCAUCCAUCCGUCCAUCCACCCUUCCGCCUCUGCCUCCGGAGCAGCCGGUGCGCAGCGUGCGGUGCAGCCGCCCGGCUUCGGCUCCGCUGGGGCAGCGGGGAGCCUGCCCGCCCGUCUCGCCGCGGGGGGAGGAUGCGUGUGCGGGGCUUGCGACCUGGGAUCGCGUCGGUGCUCGGAUCCCUCCUCCUCCUCCUCCUCCUCCUCUCCUCCUCCCUCCCGCUCCCCGCCUGGCAGCGAGGGGCCGGGGAAGUUGCGCUUACACGUGAGAUGGCUUCGCAGCGGGGAUCGCUUUGAGAAAGAGGUCUCCCCCUCCCUCGCCUCCCCCCGUCGCCGUGGCCUCCGAACAGUAAGUGGCAGGAAGGAAGUAAAGUUGCAAACAACCUGCAGCGGCAGGAACUUUCUGAGCUGCUCCAGCUGCAUGUGUUCAAGGUGCCUUUGAUGUGCGUGCAGCAGCUUCUGGAAAGUGGACUGCAGCUUUCCCACUCGUCACCCCUCCCUCUCCCCCACCCUUCCCAACCUCCCCUCCCACCACCGCCACUUCAGCCCACACACGCAAUUUGUUUGAGAAGGGGGAAAAAAAAAAAAAGAAAGAAAAAAAAAAGUGGUGAGAUGAACAAGAAGUGGUGAAUUACCCAAGCGACUUUCCUCAAAGAGCGAGCGAGCCGGGAAGAGGAGCUGCGGCGAGCCCCGCACAGCCCGCCCGGCGCACCGGAGCUGCCCGGGAGGGACCCGCCGGGCACCCACCGGGGACCGUGGGGGCUGCGUGGUUGGCGGAGUGUGAAUGCGUCUCCGCAGCGAGAUGCAAAAAGCCUUAUCUGCUUGCAUUUGACGUGCGAUGCCGGCUCCUCAGUAGAAUGCAAACCCUUGCACAGGAUGAAAACAGGUCAUUCUUCCAGAAUGCCAGAGGAAAGUUCGCCAAAGCGGAGUCCUCAAAACAUCCCAUAUAAGGACCUGCCCCAUAUCAUCAAUGCUGAUGGGCAGUAUCUCUUCUGCAGGUAUUGGAAGCCAGCAGCAACUCCCAGGGCCCUCGUGUUUAUCGCUCAUGGCGCUGGGGAACACUGCGGUCGCUAUGAUGACUUGGCCCAGAGGCUGACAGGACUUAACUUGUUUGUUUUUGCCCAUGACCAUGUUGGUCAUGGGCAGAGCGAGGGUGAUCGUAUGGUUGUCUCGGAUUUCCACGUCUUCAUCAGGGACAGCUUGCAGCAUAUUGAUCUCAUGAAGAAAGAGCACCCUGAGCUGCCCAUUCUCAUUCUGGGGCACUCCAUGGGGGGAGCCAUCUCCAUCCUGACAGCUAGUGAGAGACCCAGCGAGUUUUCAGGCAUGCUGUUAAUCUCUCCUUUAGUGGUAGCCAGCCCAGAAGUUGCCACUCCCAUCAAGGUUUUUGCAGCAAAAGUGCUCAACUUUGUUCUCCCAAACCUGUCACUGGGAUCAAUAGAUCCAAAUGCAAUUUCCCGGAACAAGAAGGAGAUGGAAUCUUACACAUCCGAUCCCUUGGUGUACCACGGUGGCAUGAAGGUCUCCUUUGUCAUCCAGCUGAUGAAUGCCAUUGCCAGAAUUGAGCGAGCUCUGCCCAAGCUGACUUUGCCCAUCCUGGUGCUACACGGCUCUUCCGACAAGCUGUGCGAUAUCAAAGGGUCCUAUUUACUGAUGGAUACAGUGCAGAGUCAGGACAAAACGCUCAAGGUGUAUGAGGAAGCCUAUCAUGCUCUCCACAAAGAGCUGCCCGAGGUCUCUACCUCUGUCUUCACAGAAAUACUGACGUGGAUUGGCCAGAAGGUCUCAGCAGCUGGGGAAACCAGCCAUACUUAAGAGCAAUUCUUUUUGCAGCUCUUACUGGGGUUUUCUGGGAAUCGAUGCUUUUCUUAACAGAAGUCUCUCUGAAAAAGAUCUAACGUGGAGGGACUCUUGGGAUAUUUUAUCAUGCACAGCAAAAGGGAGGGUGGGGGGAGAGGCACAGGGUGGGGCAUUAUUUGCUGAUGUAAAUGUCCAUUGCCCUAAUCUGGGGAAGAAUUGAUAGCUGUGGGAGCAGCUGUCAAAGCUUUCCAGGUCGGGCGAUUGUACUGACAUGUCCCUCACCCACCCAACUUCCUCCAUCACUUCCCCUUCUCUGCUUUCGCUGGGGUGACAGGGGUGUAUUUAUAUUGCAAUAAUUUUUGGUAUGUUAAAGAAGUCAGUAUCUUCCACUUCAUGGUUUUGAUUCCAGGUGCAUACAGAACCUUCCCUGACCCCACCAUCCAGUACCUUAAAAGCCCUGGUCCUUGAGAGGAGAGCAGUAACGAAGGUGCUGGGUAACAAGGAGAGGCUAAAACUGGAGCUGACAGCUCCCUGAAAGUGAAAGGCUGAUUUUCAAGGACCCCUUUGGAAACUGCCUUUAUAAGCAGGCCAGGCUGGGGGGAGCAUAAAGAGAGCCUCCCCUGGCACCCUGCAUGUCUUCUGCGAGUUUGCACUCGGGCAAAGGGUGUUGUACGGCUCUUUAAUUUUCAUUGUCAGAGCAGGGUCCCAGAGGGGAGAGGAGGAAUGUGGAAUCAAACGCACUUAGCAUGUUCAAACCCCAUGCUUUUCCCAAUGCCACGCCCAUCUCCUCUGCAAGAUGAACUAUUCUGUAAAUAUUCAAAAUAUUCCUAGGGGCUGCUUUUUUCCUUCCUUCCUUUUUCUUUUUUUUUCUUUUUUUUGGAAUUAAUCACUUGCGCUACUGAAACUGAAAAAGCAAAGUCAAAGUUAUAAGAGAAUAUAGUAAUAUAAUAUAUGAUGUAUAUAGAAGUGGCUGGGAGCUAGGGAAGAGACGGGAGGAAAGUCUAAAGAAGGGGUUAAUUGUUCCUUCUCUUGGCAAGGAACAAUGUUGUCCUACCGGGAUCCAGUCCUCUCACCAUAACUUUACAGUCAUAAUCUGUUGUUUUCCUUCAUCAGUUGGAAAAUGUCCUGAAAAUAAUGCUAGAGAGAAGCGCAGAGCAUCUGGUGGGUGGGAAUUAGCAGUGGGUGUCCUCAUGGUCCACCGGUUUAGCAGGAGACCCACAGCAUGAACAGAGAUCCCGUCCAAGCUCAUCCCAAUCUCCUCCUAAUCAGCACGGCCGCCUCUGGGGCAGAUCACAGAGCGCAGGGGCCGAGCUCACCCCUUUAAGCAACGUGGGGAGCUGAAGGCAGAGUACAGGGUGCAGUCGUCCAUCCAACAUCUGCCUUGCUGCACUGGGGCAUCCAGGGGCACUGGUGGACCAGCUGAUGUGGAGGAGCUUGUGAGCUGGUCCAGUGGUGCAGACAAGGCAAAGCCUAGAGCUGCGUCUGGGGCUCUGGUAGCAGCAGAGCUAAAGGAAAGGCUUAAGACCCGGUUGUGGAGCAGAGGCAUUGUAUCGAUACAGCAAAAGCUGUGUAACGAUCACAGCAUGGCUGCGCAGCUCAGUUUGUCCAGAGCGAUGGCCCUAGUUAUGAAUACACUUCUUGGCACUAGCCAAAGGGAACGGGUUUAACCUGCGCCUAUCCCUCCAAUUUUGCAAGAAGAAAACACCUGCAAAUGUUGCACUAUGAGAGAGGGGGGCAUCGCCCCCAGUGACAAACCAGCCCCCUUGCUGCCUGCCCUGGCAGCAGUGGGAACCGUCCCUACACCUUGUGCCGCUGCCCCCAGGACUGGAUCCCGCCUGCGACAGCCGCGGGGGUCACCCACCUCUCCUCCCCUUGAAGCCAGUGCUGGCAAGAUUCAGGAAAGGGACCUUUGUGCAAUAACAGUCAGAAUCAGGGCUCGGUCCCAUUCGGUCCCAGCAGCGUGGAUGGAGGAAGGACGUGUGGAUGCAGGUUACGUCCCUGUAGUGGCCCUAAGGGGCCCAAGACAGGAAAGCUCUUUUAUACAGGUUGAUCCAGGCACUUUCAUACUUGUAUUUUUUUUCCUCUAAAGAGAGGAACGAGCUGUAGUUCUCCCAGCAACACCAGCUUUUGAUUCAUUAUUCCAGUGCAAUCAGCUGUUCCCACAAGCCCCUACAAAACCUCUGGCGGCACUUGCUUUGGGAAGGAGGCGAUGUGCAGGUCGCCUGCUCCGUAUCUUUCGGCAGCCUGGCUUGUCGCAACCUCUGUUCCCCGAGCAAGACCCCUCCUUGCAGAUGCUGCUGGGGCAAGACAGCAAAAAGAUAAAUACUACGGAGGUGUGUCCUGGAUUUCGGCUGGGGUAGAGUUAAUUUUCACAGGAAGCUGGGAGGGGACACAGCCAGGACAGCUGACCCAAACUAGCCAAAGGGACAUUCCAUACCAUAUGACGUCAUGCUCAGUAUAGAAAGGGGGGAGCUGGCCGGGGAGGGGUCGCUGCUCACACGGUGAUAAACCUCACCUGCUGCUUCAGCUGGAAGGGGAAUCAAGUAGGCGUGAUCCAGUGGUGACAGACAUUGCGGGGGUAGUAGAAAGAUGAUGAUUUAAGGAUGGGAUUUUUGAAAGCACUUUUCACGAGGAAGUCAGGAGGAACAAAUCAAUGCCCACAUUCUUUACAUCCCUUCCCAAACUGACAAGCACUUUGCGGGGGGGAGGGAAGUGGCCCUCCAGCAGGAAGGUCAGAGCCCCUCUGCUCCCUUCAACCUGGCUUCGGGCAGAGGAAGGUCCAUGGUCAGUGCCUUUGAUAAAAUGUGUCCUUUCACUCAAGAAACAUCUGCGGCUCAGCAGAAAUACAAGGACACCAAUUACGUUGAUCUGGGGAAGGCUCAUCCCUCUGCCUAGCUAAGCUCAGCAAUGGCAUGUGGCCUGGGGAAGCUGUGUUUGAAAAUCAGGUUAACAAAAAGUUGAAAGAACAACAACAACAAAGCCAAAUAAGCCCCAAGCCCCUGGCACAGCAGGGGUUACUGCCACCCUCAGCCAGUUUUCUGAAGAAUUAUCUUCUGAGGAAAUUAACACAAGGAAACCUCCCCCAAAAAAAGCCCCGAGGCUCAGCAUCGUGCCCCAGCGGCAGCGCACACCUCCGGGCGGGCUGCUGAGCGGGAGGAGCAGCCCUUUCACAGUGGGGAGAUGAGUGCGGAGGGAAGGAGCCAGGAGCAAACCAGCCUGGGUCAGCUGAGAUGCUGGUUUGCACCAGCUGCGGCUCAGCCUGCGCAUUUCAGCUCUUACUGCUGUUGCUGAUCCCUUACCCUGCCUGUAAGCUACUUUAUAUUGACCCAGUUAGGUUUCGCCAUGCCCAGGAGGAAUUCUUCCUUCGCUGACCGGAUUAGUAAUGAGCAGAGCUGCUGCCAAGGGAAACGUAAUUAAACUCUAUUUUGAAAUGGCAGGUACCAUUUGCAGGGAGCACAGCCGGCCUUACGAAUGUUGCUGUGUGGAGCCGCACCAGAGACUGGUCUGCCUCUGCGAAUAGGUGGCACUCGUGACUGAGCAAUAGCAACGUGUAACUACUGUAUAUAUCACCACCUGUAGCACUGAGAGACCAUUCCCCACUGCCUAACCCAUCACAUCUUCUAGUUAGCCUGUUCUUUUUAUACCACUCACCUUGGUACACUGCCAGCACAAACCCAUUGAGGUCAUACUUACUUUUCCAAGUAAUUUCUGAGCUUGUCUCUCUUGUUCCGUUGUGUUCCAGUUCAAUAAAAUACAUUUAUAUAUAUAGACAAAUAUAAAAACAUAUAUACACACACAUGUAUUUUCAGUGGGAAAAACCAUAUACAAGUCUAGGAUUCUUAAAGGAAUACAAUGUAUAUUGCAACUAAUAAUAAAGUUAUGUUUUCUGAA